UCGGCGGUCUACAUACCUAUUACAGGGGAUCGAAUAAAAUCAAUACUAUUGCAGUGAUGUAUUCAUUGGUCUUUUUAAAAUGAGAACGUGACAAAACUUUAGUUUUUAUUCAUCGAAAAUACUAUUUUAAUUAUAAAGUCUGUUGAAGCUUGAUGCUCAUUUAUUAUUUAUUUACAUAGUGAUGAAUAUUUUCAUAGUUACGGCGUGGUAGAACAUUCUGCGUUGAUCGUCUAUUUUAAUGCAAAAUAUUAACUGUUAAAGAUUCUUGUUGUUUGAAGAAAAAGAUAUACAUUAUAAUAUACAAGGGUUAUUUGUAAGGAAAAAUGGAGGAGUUGAAUGGGGAUCUUUAUGGGGAUGGUCUCGUGAGUCUCGGGGAUGAAGGGUCAUUGGAAUCUACCGAUAGUGGGAAGCAGGACCAAAGUUGCACAAUUUGCGACAAUAAGCUGUGCAGUCCCAGGGUGUUGUCAUGCCUACAUGUAUUCUGUGAAACAUGUAUAGAUAAGCUGAUGGUAAACGAAGCGGGUGAUACUUUGAAAUUUGAUUUAGGUGUUGAAUGUCCACUAUGCAAACAAGAAACCAAGAUUCCUGUUGGGGGAGCAGGAUCUUUACCUUCUGAUUAUGUGAUUACGAACAUUUUGGAUGUGUCUUCAAUGGAUCAAUCUGUUGUUUGCACCUGCUGUAAGAGUAAAGAACCAGCUGUCGCUCGAUGCACUGAUUGUUCCCACUUUCUAUGCUCAAACUGUAAUUCUGCACAUGAGUUCAUGCGCUGUUUUGAAAACCAUAGAGUUGUCCCGUUUGAUGCGCUUCGGUCGUCAAAGGAAAAAUCUGCUGUUCAUAAACCAAUAUUCUGCAGCCGCCAUGUUGGUGAGAGCCUUAAAUUGUACUGCUGUGACUGCGAAGUUGGUGCUUGCACCGAGUGUCUGACAGUUGAUCACAAAGUUGGUGAACAUCGUUGCGAGCGUAUAGUCGACGCUGAACCGAAUCUCAGAGCCGAAUUGCGUAACUACAUAGUAGAAGCAAACGCGCGCGCUGUGGCCGCCGGCGGAGCUUCAGCCCGGCUAGACGAUGCCCUGGGAGACCUGCAACGCCAACGCGACGAAGCCGAGAACCUCAUUAAUGAGGCUUUCCAUGCCUAUAAAGCUGCUUUAGAAAGGCGCCGUGAGACAGUUCUAGAAGAACUCGAGCGCUUACACAAAGAGAGAGAACUAAAGGUUAUGGAUCUAUUCGACCGCGUGGACAAGACCGUUCAACGUAUUGAUUGCGCUUGCAAGUUUACAACACGGCUUUUGAGACGCGGCGACGGCACCGAAAUUGUGAUGCUGAAGAAAACCGUGGCUUCCCAAUUUGCACGCCUGUUAGAGGGGGCUCCGGAGUUUGAUGUCGAUUUCUCUUUGGAGUUCGUGACAAAGACGGAUAAAUUCGACUCUAUAACUGAAGAUACCUUUGGAGCUUUCCGUACUGAAGCAACUAUGGCGGAGGAGAGGAAACGGCUGAGCGAAUCCUCUGCGAUCGUGUCGGUUGCGUCGACCGCUCAUUCUCCAGCAGUCUCGGUGACCAAUGCGCCGGUGUUUGAUGACUUUCCUCUUGGGAACGUUCGUCGCGUGACUGGCGUUUCUGGAGUAGGAAUGGUGGGAGUGCCCUCAAUGGGUGUAGGCUCCGGGCCAGUGCCAAGCAGUGGGGUACUGCCGGGGGUCGUGAGCGUUAACAAUGUAGCUGGAGUAGGCGCAGUACCUGGUGUUCCAUCACUGCCGUCUAUGGUCGAAUACAACUUGCAGCAGUUGGCAAGUAUUGCCGAAAAGGAUGUGCCGCCACCCCCGCAUGCUUCCCCCGCUCCAUCAUUCACAUUAGCGGAAUUAUUGGCUGGUGACUUGAACUCUCCACAUGCAUACAACAACUUGCAAGCUUUAGCCAAACUUGGAUUGAAUACAGAAGUCAAUGGCUAUGGUGGUGUCGGGGGUGUGAGCUCCAUUAGCUCAGUAGGCCCCCGGGGCGUGUCCCCCGGUCGUCCUCUUUUAACAGCAGCCGAAGAAGCAGCAUUAGUCGCGCCACCUGCCCCACUUGUUCGGGCUACGAAGGCCACGCCCAUGCAUAUUAGAUUUAAAUUCGGCCAACUUGGAGGUGGUAAGGGCCAGUUCAACUCCCCCCAUGGUUUCUGCCUUGGAAAUGAUGAGGACAUCAUUGUUGCGGAUACCAAUAAUCACCGGAUUACUGUGUUCGACAAAGCUGGCAAUCACAAGUUCAAUUUCGGUGUAGCAGGUAAAGAAGAGGGCCAGUUGUGGUACCCUCGUAAAGUGGCUGUGGUCCGAGCCACUGGAAAAUUUGUGGUCUGUGAUCGUGGCAACGAGAGGUCCCGGAUGCAGAUAUUCACUAAGAAUGGGCACUUUUUGAAGAAAAUUGCCGUGCGGUUCAUCGACAUAGUAGCUGGCCUGGCAGUGACAGCCGAAGGUCUAAUAGUGGCAGUGGAUAGUGUGACACCCACCGUAUUUAUUCUGUCUGAGGAAGGUGACCUCAUGAGUUGGUUCGACUGUAGUGAGUGCAUGCGGGAGCCUUCCGACAUUGCUAUAAGCGGCAAAGAAUUCUACGUAUGCGACUUCAAAGGUCACUGUGUGGUUGUGUUCGAUGAUGAAGGCAGGUUCCUUCGUCGCAUCGGCUGCGAGAACGUCACCAAUUUCCCCAACGGCAUCGACGUGUCGGACGCUGGCGACGUCCUGAUUGGCGACUCGCACGGAAAUAAGUUCCACGUGGCCGUGUUUUCCCGGGACGGGGUUUUGGUCACUGAGUUUGAAUGCCCCUAUGUCAAGGUGUCCCGCUGCUGCGGCCUGAAGAUAACCUCUGAAGGCUACAUCGUCACCCUGGCGAAGAAUAAUCACCACGUUCUAGUCCUCAACACCCUUUAUAUUGUCUGAGGAAUAACUCAAUGGCUGUAAGUCGUACACAAGAUCUCACAUUUAUUCCCUAUUUUAUAAUUUGAUUGCUGAUUUUUACAUUGCUUAACAGUAUUUGACAAAUUGUUAUUAAUUUUUUUUUUAAUUGUUAAAUUCACUUUGCGUUCUCACUGCAUAAGAACUGAAUAUUUUGUUUCGCAUUUAGUUUUAGUAACAGAAAAUCCAAAGUUUAGGCUAAUUUGAUUUUUUUCGUUUUUGCAUCCGGUCGCUUCGUACUUGGUGUUAUGGUUGACCAUAGACAAGUGACUGGAUUUUGUAUCUAAAUUAGCAGCUAUGGUUCCUAGUUCGAGUGAAGUAAUGUCAAUUAGGUUCUGAUGGGGUGUCGCCUCGCAGACGAAUCGAACAUUAUUGCUUGUAGUCUCAUUUUGCCCGUGGGCGAUGAACGUCAUGCGUUUGCGCACAAAUCAUUUAAUCUUUUUUAGUCUUUGACCAAAGGAGGCGACACUAAAACGUGCCAUCUAGUUUAGGUUUAAUCGCUUAUACAAUAUUAUAUAUUGUCCGUUAAAAUAUAUUUACCUUUUACAGAAAUUCUUGUGUCUAUACAAAAUGUUUUUCCAUGUACUCUUGUUUUGAGAGCCUAUAUUUGAACAGUUUUUCGUGGGUAGGCUGUUAGGGAACACUUUCUUUGGUACUUGAAUUGGGCCAUUGUAAAUACAAAUUAUAUACAUUGAGUGGUAUUUAGUAGUUUAUAUGGCAUUUUCAUGUAACUUAUCGAUAUAUCGACUGUUAAUUAAUCCCCUCAUAGCAUUAGUUAAGUCACAAAGUUGAUUAGCGGGUUUGAACUUAUAUAUUGAACAAAUAGGCUACUGAACUAUCGUUCGUAAUAUAUCCAUGAAUGUGCCAUCAUAAACCUAAUUUAUUUUUACUAGUUACAUCAAAAUUGUUCGCCAAAGUAUAUAUUUUUUAUAGCGAUCCAAGUUAGAAAUUUCUGGAAAGUUGAUUCUUAAAGUUAGAAGGUGAGUAAUAUUAAUUGUCACCACAAAUAUCCUGCUAUAUAUUGUUUUUGGAAUAAUAACCCUUCGUGUUCUUCCAAUUUCGGCAUUGAAAUAUUUUAUUAGAAUUUAUUUGAACCAAAUUUAACAUGGAAGAUGGAAUCGUCGAGUCAUUAUUUCAGGCCAUCCUUUCUAAAUUGAUAAGUACUUACAAACCACCUAUUUGAGUGUGAUAUUUUGUUGAUAUAUUAUUUUAUAUGAUGCUCUCUAGCCCCGUUAGAUUUGCAAUUGUGAACCUCAUUUUUAUAUGGCUUAAUUGUUUGAGUUCCUUCAGCCCAGUGCAAAUAAUGAGCCGAUUCUUUUUAAAUAUUGCUGAGCCAUACAUUUAUACAAUAGCCGUUCACAUAUUAUAUCCUAAGUGUAUUGUACUUAAUUAGUCGGUAAUGUUUGUUUGUAUCGGAACAGUAUAUGGGUUCAAUUGGAGACAUUUAAUGUGAUAUGAGCAAUAAUGGAAAACCGUCGAGUACCAACAUGAGUCGGCGUGUCAGCGUGACGUCACGUGACCACAUCGUUGACGCUUUGAUUUAUUUAUUUAGCUUUUGGGUUUUUUUUUCGUAUUGUUUUUAAGUUAUUUGUUUCAGGAUUUUUUGUCCCGAUAGUAUUAGGGAAUUUUAUUUUCUUUUUUUAUUUGAGCUAAGCAAGUGAAUAAGUCUGCGAGCGUUGCGGGUUUUAAUGUGUGAUUAAUACUCGUAUUUUAUUAAUUUUAUUACUGUAUUGUUUCAAUUGUCCUUGGGCCUAUAUUUGAAUAGUAUUUAUGGCCGGCGCGUAAGGCCUUAUCGUUACGAAUUUUUACUGCCAAAUUGUUUUCUUACUGUAUUUGUGCAUGCACACAAUUAUUAUUUUAAUGUAUAGGUAUUUGUAUAAAUUAGUUAAUAGUUGUUGCCAAUAUUUUUUUUGUUUUAAUAUUCAGGGUUUUAAUAUUAUUAUAAUGUUCAAUAUUUUAUUUGUUGUCCAUUGGUCGAAAUUUUUGUGUGUUAGUGACGUAAAAUUUUACAGAAAUACAAAUAGGAGCCCCAAAGGGAGCGUUUGACGCUAUUAAUAAUAUUGCUUAGAGUUGCAUAAAAUUAUUAAAAAAGUGGUGUGAUAAGUUUUGGAUAAUUUUACAAAUUAUACUAUUUUAUGUGUGAAUUUCAAUAUUGAUAAAUUUAAAGUACGCAUUACCAAUAACACAACGGCAUCGACAUUUAUUCGACCGUAUGUUUGGGAGUAUUAUUUUAGAAUACAUUUAAUAUUAUUUGUUUUAAACGAGACAGAGUUUCCUUUUGUUCUUGCCAUGUAUCUUAUGUAGGUGUCGAAGUAGAGGUUUUGUAGGAGUUAGAAUUUUUCAAUUAUUGAUGUAUACAGAGUUGUGGGAGCCAUGGUGUUAUUUAGAGUCGGUAGUUAGAAGGCUGGCGGGUAUUCGCUGCGUCUAUUUGGCUGUAUAUUUAUGCUGUUACGAAUAAGCACUGUCAUGGGGUUAGUGGCAGGUCAAAUGGUAUCUAUUGUCCAUUGACGUUACACGAUAAUAAUUGUAUCAUUAGAGUACAUUACAGUAGCCUUUCUUGGAAAUCUUAAAGUUACCUAUAUACACGUAAAGCGAUUUUUUGGUACAUGUAUUUCUCUUCUAUAUUCCCUUAUGUAUCCAGCAAUAAAUUCGGUAGAUGUAGUGACGCCCUUUGCCAUUAACUCGCUCGGCCGUCCGGCGGAACGCGCACGUUUAUUGGCAAACGGUGCGGUAUUAGGGUUCGCAGCGCACAAUGUGAGCUCAUGUUACACUCCCUAUUGGAGAUGGGCGUAUUGCCUAUGUUGUGGCACCAAGCACAGCUCGAUAUUGCCGUGGAGUUUGUGAUUCUUAGGACCGUGCUAAUUGACCGUGAGUAGGGUUCGGAUGAGAUGUGCGUUCAGUUUGGGACACCGACAGCUGAUCACCUGCUUUACUACGAUUCAGUCAUCCUAUAUCCUAAUUAACCCUCCGGGGCCGUGUUGCUAACUCGUGGAAUCGUUUUUGUGUCAUUAGUAUUAACGCAUUUAGAAAUUGAAAUUUUUCACCUUACCACCGCCAUAUUAGUUUGGUCUUUCCACUGUUCAAAAACCAAUAAAAAUAAGGUUGUGAGCUGAAUUCUCGUUGGAAUUUUAAGCCACAUGAGUGCUUGUGCAAUAAAUAUCACAGUUUGGGUCUAGGCUUUUAAAUUAUUAUAGAUUAUAUACAUUGUUGAGCUGAUUAUAAAAAUUUAAUAUAUUAUUAUACCUUUUAAUAUUGUUAAUGAAUUCUAAUUGCAUUCCACAUAGAGUGAACGAAUUUGAAAUGACCAUUUUCAAUCUACAUUAUACAAGUUAUUUUUUUUACAACGUAGGAUUAUUAGCAGUUGCCAAUGUUUUUUCCUUUAGUCAGUAAAAGUACAAAUAUUUUAAUAUACAAUUCUUGGUAUUUAUCUAUGUAGUGUCUAAUUUUUUUUCUUUUAAUUCGUUUAACUAUAAGCAUAAUUAUUUUCACUCAAGCGGCCAGUUACAACUUGAAAAUUAUUCAGUAAAAAAAACAUAUCACUCGAAAUUUGCUUCUCGCAUUACGUAAUGUGUAUAGGCAAAUUAAUUACGGAAACAUAUUAUAGCAAUCAAUACAUUGCUCCAUACGACGGCUUGAUAUAAGAAAUGUUGCAUACAUUUUCCGUAAUGUGGGAUUGUAUUUUUAUCUUAGUAGUAACACCUGUAUGUUUUCUUUAAUUUUACGGUUAAUUGUCUUUUGUUUUAUUUCAGUUAGCUAUAAGUGUAUCCUAAGUUACAAUGUAAUGUUUCUCGUCAUUUUUAUUAUAACGAUUAAAUUUGUUUGUAUGAAUGGUGCAUGUUCCAAAUGCAUAUUUUAUUUUUGAUCCAAAGAUUUCUUUUUAAUGCUUAUAGUUUAAUUUUAUUUAUAAAACGACAUUUGUGGAGUGUGCAUUGGCAUUUGAUAUUAGAAUCACAUAAUUCCGUAGCGUUGGUGCAACCGAGCAAAUGUCUACUGUAUUCUCGUAAGAAUAUUGCUCAAUGGUUUUAUUACGUUUAAAGUAUUUUAACAUAGGUGUUAGUCCAUGGAGUGUAUUGGCCGUGGACUACCGCGUACAUAAUAUCUACCGACAAUACCCUCCGGAAACAUUUGAAACAUGAAACGUUAAAUUUUAUUGUUAGGUAGUUGUUUUGCCUUGACGCCUUGCAUCGGCGCAAGUUGCGGGGCUCCAGCGACACGCGCCAGGCCCUGGUGCCAUUGUGACUGUUUCACAAAGCAAUACUAUGUGUGCACAUAUCUUUUUGUAUUACGAUCCGGUUGGCAGUUGACAAUGUCUUCAGCGCCGCGGCGGUGUUUGCUGAACAAAUCGGCCCCACAGUCAACGAAAAGUAUUGUUAUAAUAUUACAUACAGAAUUUUCUGCAGCGUCGUGCCUAGAUCUUAGAUGUUAAUCGUAUUGAGGUAGAGAUAAUCUCAAAUAUUUUGGCUCUUUGAAUAUUCCAUGAUAUUAUUUUGUUUUUUCUUGAAAUUGUAUUUACAUUAUACAUUCAUACACUUAGUAAUAUUGUAUACAUGAAUAUACAUUGCGUAGUUUGUAAAUUGAUUUAAAAUGUAAAAAUAAGAUGCGCAACUGGUUUCACAUCGCCGAUUGGGAUCGCAGGAAUUGAUCGAUUUUAAUGUAAGCAAUCGAGUUUUCGUGUUUUUUUCAACUAGUUGAUCGUCUUACUUUGACACUUUUCGCCGCGAUGUUACUUGAGAAUUUGGCGUUGUUGAGCUCGCACAUUUUUGGCGAGUACAAAUUUUCAUGUGACUGCGGCUUUUAUUAUUAAGUUUAUUAUUCGUGAACUGUGGCCAGGACAACAGCACAGAGCAGUGUAAUUCAGAGCCUGCCUAAAAUAUAUUUUUGUCAUGAUUUUAUUUAGGUAUAUACAUGUUAUUCACAUAUUACAGUUUUCUCAAUAAUAGCUUGUAUUUUAAUUAAGAAAUAAUCAUAUUUAACAUUGCCAGGUGAUCAGCAACCUGCACUUUAAUAUUUUUGGAAACUAUUGAACUUAAAUUGUACUGACUUUAUAAAUAUAUUUACUUCAAUAAAGAUUUUCCAUGCCACUA